AUGUCAAAAACUUCAUUUGAUGAACUACUAGAAAAUGUGAAAGAAGCAAUCACAGGAAAAGACAUUAUACUAAGGAAGGCUAUCCCACCAGAGGAAAAACUUGCUCUUACAUUAAGGUACUUGGGGGCCGGAUCAUCCAUGAUGGACUUACAUUUUCAGUACAGAAUUGGAGUAUCAACUGUCUCGUAUAUUAUACGAGACGUUUGCUCUGCCAUAUGGCGUAAAAUGAAGCCAAAAUGUUUUCCCGAGCUCUCGAAAGAUCUAUGGCUUACCUCAGCUGAAGGAUUCCAUAAGAGGACCAACUUUCCUCAUUGUGUGGAUGCAGUGGACGGGAAGCACAUCAGAAUUGUAAAACCCACUUCCAGUGGUUCACUCUACUAUAAUUAUAAGAACUAUUUUUCCAUUCUGUUAGCUGUUUGUGAUUCGACGUACAAAUUCUUAUUUAUAGACGUUGGAGCAUAUGGGAAAUCGUCCGACUCAACUGUGUUUCGUAAUACAGUGUUAAGUAAUAAACUACAAGAUGGUACGCUAGAUUUACCUGCACCAAAACAACUGUCAUUAUCGUUUGAAAGACCUAUGCCAUUCAUGUUAGUAGGAGAUGAGGGUUUCGGAUUGUCAAAAUUCAUUUUGCGCCCUUGUGGUGGCAAGUAUUUAGACAUUAAAAAACAUGUGUUCAACUAUAGACUGUGCAGAGCUAGAAGGUACAUCGAGUGUACUUUUGGAAUUCUUGCAAACAAGUGGCGCAUUUUCUAUCGACCACUGGAUGUUAAAUUAGAUUUGGCAGAGUCUAUUGUGAAGACAUGUUGCCUCCUCCAUAACUUUGUGCGUGAUCGUGAUGGAAUACAGUUUGAGGAUACGUUAACUAUUCAGGGAUUGCAGGACAUGUCAUCUUGCUUGGUCCGUGGAGGAAAUAUUGCGAACGGUAUCAGAGAAGAUUUCGCAAACUACUUCAUCAGCCCUGAAGGCGAAGUGCCAUGGCAGCUGCAAAACAUCUAAGUGCUAGAAAUGUUAUGUGAACAUUAAUGUCGUUAGGCCUAAAUGUUCAUUGGAAUUGUAUUUGAAAUGUGCAGUGUUCAAUUAUUACCAUGUUAACUGUAACAAACCAUACUGUUGCUUCCACUGAACUGAUUAAAACUUGCAAUUAAAAUUAUAAUUACAAUGCACUUUUUUGUAUUACAGUUGUGUGUACCUAAUUGAACAGAACCCAAGCACGAGCACUGUUCUCAUUCGGGUGUCAAAAACUUGUAAGUCAAUAGU